GCCAGGGUCAAAAUUUUAAGCAUUAUAUUAAACCACUGGUGAUGAGUUCAUUUACAUGUUGACGUUAAGUUGCCAUUAGUUCAGACACCUACCAAAGGAUUUAACAAACUGAGAAACACCUGAGACAUGAGAGUAAAAAACUCCUUGCCUCACCUGUUUGACCAGCCCCACCUCAAGACAAGGUGUUUCAGCUAUCUUAGCAGCCUGUGAUUCAUUUGAACUGGCAUUUCAGCCUUGACAUCCUCAGGUCUCUAGUAAAUCAUCUUUCUUCAUUGCACCGAGCACCAUAUGGCCUCAGCCUGGUCUGAAGAGGAGAGCUUUACCUGUCCAGUAUGUCUGGAUAUCCUGAAGGACCCAGCCACCCUACCAUGUGGACACUCGUACUGCUUGGCUUGUAUCCAGGGCCACUGGGACAAGGGAGAUAGCAGGGGCCAGUACAGCUGCCCCCAGUGUAGGCAGGUCUUCAACCCUCGGCCCUCGCUGGCCAAGAGCACUUUGCUAGCGGAGGCUAUGGAGAAGCUGAGAACCAGCAGCCUCAAGCUAAACGCCGCCACGGCUGCCUCUUUAGCCGCCUCUUCAGCUGCCUCUUCAGCCCCGCCGUCGAUGCCCAUCUAUCUGGAGGUCCUGCCACACAUAGGACGGCGGCAGGGCAGCGUGUACCCCCAGCUUCCCACAGUGCAAGCCAGAUCCUGCCCUCAACACGACCGACCCCUCGACCUUUACUGCCGCGAUGACAAAGAGAGUGUGUGUGGGGUGUGCUGCCAGUAUGGACACAAGGGACACCAUGUGCUCAAACCACAGGAAGAGAGAACAGAGAGACAGAAAGAGCUUCAUCAGAUGCAGACAGAGAUAGAGAGGAGAAUCCAGGAGACUGAAAAGAAGCUCAAGACGCUCCCACAUUCUGCCCGUCAACACAAAGCCUUGGUCCAGGCUCUCGAGAAGGAGAGCAUAGAUUUGUUCUCUGAGGUAGUCAAGAUCGUGGAUGUGACCGGCACGCAGGUUGGUGAGCUCCUAAGCACCCACGAGUCCUCCUUAGGGAGCCAGGUUGAAGGGCAGAUCCACAGACUGGAGCAGGAGGUGGCGCAGCUCCACUGGAGGAGUGAGGAGCUGAGCAGACUGACGGACAUGCAGGACGAUGUCUGCUUCUUGAAGAAUUUCUUCCUCUUGGAGCCACUGGGUCCGGCGGGUGUCCCAGGAGAGUUGGUGCUGAGUAAGGAGGAGGCUGCGAUAGCUUCCAUCCGCUCAACCAUGAAAGAACUGCAAGAGUCAGUUCAGGGUCUUUGCAAAGCCACCCUGGAUAAGAUUGUUACAUUAGUGAAUCUUGACCCUGUGGAUUCUGCUCCCAGUGGUGCAGCAGCAGCAGCCUCGGCACCAGCUGAUGAUUCUGAUUAUACGACAAGUCAACGUACAGUGUGUGAGUCGAUAACAAACCCUCCACCAUUGCCACCUAAGCGAUGGCAAGGUCACGAGCCCUCACUGCCUAUGGGUCUUCAAGCCUCAGCCCCCCCUCCACCCAUCAUUCCUCGUCGUCAAACUUGUCCUGUAACAACCGUGGGACUUGUGAGUCCAGAACCAAAAACCAGAGCGGAGAUGCUAAAAUUUCAUUUUGAACCCACCAUGGACCCCAACACUGUGUAUCGUCACGUGCUGCUGUCAGAUGGCGGUCGUAAGGCCACCAUGCGAGCUGAGAACCUGAACCCGCCAGAUCAUCCCGAACGCUUCCAGUUCUGGAGGCAGGUUCUCUGCAGAGAGGCCCUGGCAGGGAGCCCUUACUACUGGGAGGUGGAGUGGACUGGCCACAAGGUCACUGUUGGCGUAGCCUACAAGACGAUGGAACGUAAGAGUUCUGAUGACAGCAGCCGCCUGGGCCACAAUGCUCAAUCCUGGAGCCUCUACUGGUCCGGGACCGGCUUCUCCUUCUGGCACAACGGCCAGGAAAAGCUGCUUGGCUCCCCUAAGGCCAGGCGGAUCGGCAUCUAUUUGGACCAGCAUGCAGGUGUUCUGGCCUUUUACGGCAUCAGUAACAACCAGGCUCACCUCAUUCACAGGCACCAGGAACAGUUCACUGGCCCUCUGUACCCGGGAUUCAGGUUCUGGACAGGAGCAGGGGCUACGGUGACUGUUUGCCAGCUGGCCUGAGUUGUAUAUGAUGAAUAGGCAGCUGCUUUUUAUAAACACUCGUUUGCUGAUUGUUAGAAGCACUCGUGAAAACGAAUGCAUUCUUAUAUAACAGAUGAGCACUAAAUCCUCCUUCAUGUCUGAAUGAAAGUUCAGUUUAUGUUAAAAACAAUGUCAAAAAGGUGGUAAUUUAACUUCAUGAUCAUUCUGGAAGAAGCAGUUUGUGGUGCUGUUGAACUGAAUUGAAUGACACACUAAAGGAUUUGACUAAAACAUCCAAAAAAUAAAAACAAGUGCCAGUGCUACAAACCACAGCCUCCAAAUUGAAAACACAGUUGAAUGAACAGUUCUUUGUUAUUGUUUUUUUGUUUUUUUUGUUGUUGUUUUUUUUUACCAAAUGCCGAAUACUAUGACUUUCAUUAAGCUAAGAUGUUGAAUGUAUUCAUUUUCACUAGUGCACCUAAUAAACUGACGAGUGUAUAUCACCUGUGUGUGGUUGGACGGAUCUGAGAUUUUAAUACUGAAAAAAAUCUGUUGUUGCCCUGCACAUGUUCAGUAACAUCUGGUUUGUAAAUUAUUCUAAUUCUUGUGAUUCAGACUGUCUUAAUAUUUCUUUCGGACAUAAGUUAAAGAUUAAUAAAUACUCAUUUCACAUUGGAA